AUGACUAUCCCUAUCCACUCAACGCCGCCGCCGUCUCGCACCAGCUAUAUUAUACAGCAGCUGGAGGGAGAACGCCUUUCUAUACCUGGAAGUAAAGGGACAUUCCGAAUCCUUGCGUCGGCCAAGCAAACCGAUGGGCGAAUGUCAGUUUUCCAGAGCGGUGCUGUUAUCUCCGAUGCGCCGGGAUUCCACUACCACAAAGAAGCCCACGACGUUUUCAUGGUGACCAAGGGCUUCUUGAAGCUCUGGAAUGGCGAACAAUGCCGUAUAAUGGGCCCUGGGGAUUUUGCGUAUGUACCUCCGAACAUUAUUCACAACCCGGAAUUACUUGGCCCUCACACUGAGACACUGGGUCUAGUAGUUCCUGGAGACUGGAUUGACUUCUUCCGCUAUGUCAGUGAACCGUUUGAAGGCAUCCUGGUACCAGAGCAUGAUGAUCGAGAUCUCAAGUCCCAUGUGAUACCGAAAGUCAUGUCGGCUCCCAAGGACUUUGACGUACAUUUUGUCAGAGAUUAUGAUCCUCCUGCAUUGGGAGAGUGGGAAGGAACCGAGAAUGUUUUCCCGUCCGCAGAAUUGAAACCGUUUUUCCUUCGCGCCAACACCGGGCCUCGUUGGAUGGCUGGAGGUGUCAUGUCACGGCCCUUUAUUACCACCCGGGAGAGCGCAGGAAAAUUUUCCAUCUCGAGCAUUGAGUCCUCCAGUCUAUAUAGCUCCUCCUUGUUUUCAGAAUACGUGGCCUUUCCGACUGUGGACCACUGCCUCUGUGUACAAGAAGGUGCUCUUCGCGUGAAUCUCAAGGGUGAUUCGGAAUGGGUAACCCUCCACGAGGGUGAGACAGUUAUGAUUGCGGCAGGACAAUCUUUUAAGCUUGAGUUUGGGUCGAGAUACGUCCGUGUAUGGUCUUUUACAGAUGGGCAGGGCAUCGAAGAGUUGAUCCAGCAGGUGGGCGCACCUUGCGAAAGCCUCGUCCUCCCCGAUGAGGCCCCUGUUCUAGAUCAGUCGAAACUUGGGGCUGUGAUCAAGAACUUGGAUAUAACAUGGGGAUAA